AUGUCUCCAUCACUGGGAUCUGUGUCGCCAAGUGUUAACGCAUCGCCACGGCCAUCAGGUUCCCUGUCGAACCUAGCAUUCCCAGCCGCACCCGCAUUCGCUCAUCCAUCUGUGAUCACCACAACAACGUCUGCUGCCUCCUCGGCACCAAUAACAGCAGCAGCACCAUCUACUAUACAGGUUUCGCAAACGACCGUUACUACGGUUCCUACGACGGUGUCCUCUGAGCCAGUCAGCAAACCGCCUCAAAUUGUUUCGAAAAAGCCAAAUGAGACUGAAGUUAUCGUCGAGAACACUCCUGUGAGCACAGCACCAGCUGUGACUGCAGCCAACACACCAACAACGCCAACGAAAGCAACGCCGAGUGCUGCCGAAACUCGACCUGANAUGAGAAUGUUUUUUCUUCUAGUUUUCGUCAUUUAUGAUUUACCGAAAAAUUUUGCGAAUUGUUUUGUUUGCAUACAUCAGUUAGCUAUUUGCCUGGAUUAUACAGGUACACCGGAUCAAAGCUGUAUGCCGUUAUUUUCGUUGUUGAAUCUACCCGAGAAUGGCUCCGUGAAUUCAGCAGUACCCGUUCGACCAGUGCUGUCAAACGCAGAUCUUCACGAUUCGAUCAAUCAAGAGCAAGACACCACUGUGUCCUCAUCGAGCACCUCGUCUGUGGCUCCUUCCAACAAUCCUGCAUCGAGACCACCACCGCCAACUUACGAACCACUCUCCGAUGAUGAAUAG